AUGAACCAAGCAGAAGAUGUAGAGGUCAUCAUUGGCCAUAACCGUCGCUACAAGUUCCACUCUGGGACUUUGGCGCGCAACUCUACUCUUUUUGCAGACAUGUUGACCGAGCCCAACGCCGCCAAGCUCAGCAAUCGUGCGAGAAACGCUGGCGUCAAGAUACGCUGGAUGAUCGAACUCAAGGCUCUACCUUCCCAGCAGUGUCCUGCUGGCUGUCUCGAGCUUGUGGAACUGACCCAACAUGGCGAACGAGCCGACAACAGGAACGGUCUCAUUGUCAACGAAAACGGACGUGUCCCACAGGCGCACAAGAUCUUCACCUACUAUGAAUCAAUCUUCUACGCCUUCUACAACAAGGAGCUCUCUAUCGACGACUCCGACAUGUCUGCCGCCCUCUCCGACUGCUACCAACUGCUCCAGAUCGGUGACUACCUGGGCUGCACAGGACUGAUCCGCAACCCGAUCGAAGUCGCACUUCUCAAGCACGGACAGGAACUUUUCCGGGCCAUCCAAAGCGCCCCCUACGCAUGGGUGGAGAUGGGGUACCGCAUCCGCAGCGAGCUGAUCUUCCGGGAAUGCAUGAUCCAUCUCGUCGGUAACUGGAAGACCUACGAAAAAGAUGACACCACGCACCCGUACCUGACUGUUGUUCCUGGUCUACGCCCGCUCAUCGAGAAGUACCACUCUGUGUUGAUUGACAAGUGCAGGACACUGGAGCUAGGCAUCAUGUCACACUACCCCGGCCACAUCCGUCUUCCUGUGGACGAGCUGCCUAUCAAGCGCGAGGCCUACGCCAAAGACAUCCUCGUCUGGAUGGCACUGACCUUCUUCCGGCACUGGGUGGGUCAGCGUCUCCUUAUGGGAGGCGGUAUCACCGGCGACGACUUGGGAUACGGACUCUACAAGCAGAUCGGCGCAGCCGGUGACGCCUACAUGGACAAGUCAGUCACCAACCAAUUCCACACGCGCUUUCCAAUGACCAAAAAGGCAAUGAACGUGCUGGAAAACCAUCUGCUCGAGAUCAAGGAAUGCAUGAAGGAUUUGGUGGACCAGCAUAAGAUUCUCAAAUCUAAUUGCCAGUUGGAUAUUCAUCGGUUCCCAGUCACGUAUCUUACGUGCAUCGAGUUCCCAAAGGCCGACUGUCCGUGGGUGAAAGAGAUGGAGGGUCCCACGGUGAAGCCGCAGAAGCGUGUGUACAAGCCUGGUGGCAACGAUGUCGCGAGGUCGAACCUCAACACAGCUAGGGUGAGUCAGGAGAGGAUGGCCGAGGGCAUGUAUGACAGCGACGGUGAUGACGUUGAUGUCGGCACCCACAAGCGUAGGAGGUCUGACUAG